AUGCCCGCUGGCCAGCAUGGUGCAUCACUGUUCUGCCGAAUACACCCGCUGGGACUGAGGGGUAUUUCUAGGCGUUGUAGCCCGAAUUGGGCUUUCCAAUCGUUUUCCCAAUUUUGGAGCGGCCUUCGCUUGAAAUCAAACAUGUAUCCUUCCAACGGCCGGCUCUGGAACCCCAGCCACGGCAUUGUCUUUUCUCCUGCGAUAUCUGAGGACAAUUCGCAUCCGGGAGUCGACUUGCUUCGUUCUUUGCACACCACUGUUCCGAACGCUCUGCAAACCUCUGCUAUAACAGACACCUCAGAGAGCGAUAUCCAUUCCGAGGAUGACGAUGCACCAUUUUCAACGGCACCGGAGCAUCAGGUGGCAUCUGAUAUGGAUGAUCCUAUUAAUGCGCUUUUGGCAGCCGCUGAUUACACCCAGAACGAAACCCAGCCGACAGUGGAGGUUCGGGAGAGCUCUGGUCCUGCGGAGCCUCCUGUGACAGGACUGGACUUUCAAAUUCCACCAAAGGCGUUCCAUGAAGCGAAGAGCGCACCUGAGGGUUCAUCAGAGUCUUUCUACACCUAUACGCUAUACCGGCGUCCCUCUGGGGAUGGAGACGAGCAGAAAGUCAAAGUUCACUAUUGCAGAAGCAAACACACUAUGGAACGAGUAUGCCAAUAUUUCUUGAAUGACGAUGUUCUUGGAUUUGAUCUUGAAUGGUACCCCGAUGCGAACAGAAAUUCAGGGCCAAGAAAGAACGUCUCGUUGAUUCAAAUUGCGAAUCAGAGCCGGAUUGCGCUCUUCCACGUCGCGUUAUUUCCGGAAAAGAAUGAUUCACUCGUUUCUCCGACUUUCUUGAAAAUCAUGGAGGACCCCAACGUGAGAAAGGUCGGUGUAGCCAUCAAGUCAGAUUGCACCCGACUGCGGAAUCAUCUUGCAGUCGAUACCAGAGGCAUUUUCGAACUUAGCCAUCUCUAUAAGCUUGUCAAGUACUCCGCGGAGGGUCGUUUCGAGUUGAUAAACAAGAGGCUGGUGCCUCUUGCUACGUUGGUGAAAGAACACCUUGGUCUACCAAUGUUCAAGGGAUCAGACGUCCGGUCAAGUGACUGGUCGCAGCCUCUUAAGAUGGAACAAGUCUCGUACUCUGCCACAGAUGCAUACGCGGGCUAUCAACUAUAUCAUGUACUCGAAGGGAAGAGAGAGAGCCUCGAGCCGACGCCACCUCGGCCACAUGACGCUGAGCUCAAUCUACCAAUCCGACUUGCAGAUGGGGUGUCAAUCCCGACUGGGGGGGAGAGCACGGCAGACAUUCAACAAGGGAGUGGUGCAACUUCGACAUUGCCCCAAUCCACAGCAGCUAGGGUGAGCAUGUUCGCUGGGGUGGAUGCUGAAGACGAAUCAAUCGCUGAAAGCCUCCAAAAAAUACCCGUGGUUGCUCCCAAGAAGUUCCAGAAAGACCCUCGAGUUACCGCCGCAGAUGAUCAGGUUGCGGGCUACCGCGCGUCGGUCAGCUCUCUCCGUGCGGCGCCGUGGAAUAUUCGGUCGUACUACAUUUGGAAAGACAAUGACGACCUCAACCCAGAGGCUAUCGCCAAAAUUCUGCGAGAACCCCCACUGCAGACGAUGACUGUAGUGAACUACAUCCUGGAAGCGAUCAGGCUGGAAGAGCUGCCGUUCGACAAAGAACGGCUGAAAAACGAAGUUUUAGGGCUUCUGCCGAAGGAAGUCCUUCAGGGCAGAUAUAAGACUAUAAUGCAGAAAGCCAGCGAGCCCGAAGCGUAA